AUGAUGUUUGGGCUGCACCAUCGACAUCAGCCGCUGGCACGAGAGCGUCUGCUGCCACAGCCGAAACCAGUACAGCUGCACGAGUUUGGGCAAGAGGUGGGCUCUUCGCCAGAGGCAUCACAGUCAUCAAGAACGUUUUCGCCGUCGUGCAAUGUAGCCGCUGCUCGUCACAGCGCAUGCCCGAUAGGCAGCGACCUCGUGAGCAGAGCCGCAUCAGAUGCACCCAUGCACCCACCGGCGCCGAAGACAACGCUUGCGCAGCUGACUCAUCCGGGCCACAUCUCUGGUUGUCCGCCAGCCGAGCGGCCGUGGUCGUGCACCACACCGCCAGGCAGCGACGGGGCGACGAGGGUGUUCUUGCCGUGUGCGGACAACACCAGUGCCACCACCGCGGCCACCCCUUCUGCGUCGCGAUAUCCGUCCGCGUGGCAGACGUUAAUGGCGGCCACACAGGCCACCGCGGCGUACGCGGCGAGCGUGCAGCAAGCGCAACAACUCCUCCGUGACUUUGAGGGCUAUCAGCGCAGCGUCGGUGCGUCACCGCUCAACCACGACCAGCGGCGCGCGAAACUCACACCCGGGUGUCUCGAGAGCGGCAGGGGUUCUGCUGGCACAACGAACUGUCCUCGCUUAGACGUAGAUGCGCUGGGGCAGCGUGGCACACCUUCAGCUAUCAUCUCGACCAAGGCGCGCGGGAGCGUACCCAGCGUCGGCACUGGGCAUCCUGCGCAGCCGCCCCGCGCAUCGCCAUCUUCAUCGCCGUAUCUCAGCUUCCCGCUUGAUCCCGCUGCGUACGAGCUCGCGAGGCGGCGUUCCCUGCAGGCGCUGCACGACAACGCGCAGGCACGCGCUGCGUGCAUUGAUCAGGGGCUGUGGCUCUCACGGGCAGUGCACGCGGGGUUGCUGAAGCGUCCGGGGACGGCGAUAGGCGAUGUGGUUACUAUGGAGGGCUCAUCAGGCCACCUCAAGAGUACCGCGGUGGCACAUAACGAUGGACAGGCGCUUCCGCCCGCUGCGGGGGCCGGUCAUGCGCCGCCGACCUCGAACGCCGCCGCCGGCCAGCAAAAGACGGAUCAGCCGCCUAUCGCUGCGGUGCCGGUAAUGAGUGUAGCGGAGCGGGCGGCUGCCACGGCAGAGGCGGAGCGUGCCCUGUCUCUUCUCUGCACCAUCCGUGCGGUGCGGAGGCAGACGGAAGAGCUGACCGUGCUGCUGCUGCACGCCUGUGGUGAGUGGGGCUGCUGGUCGGUGCCCACCGCCGAGGAAGGUGUUGCCUGUGAGACGACACGCACGCCGCUGCCUUCAUCACCGCUGCCAGGGCGCAUCAGACACUCGCAGCACCUUUUCGCUGACCUGUUCGUGGCAGCACCUCUGGCACCGACAGCGUUCUGCACAUCCUCAUCCGUGUCUCUCGUGGGCGUCAGCGACGGCACCGCCAAAGCAGAUCUGCUAGAUCUCAGCGCGGGGGAGGAUGCUGACCCGGCGCGACUCAGCGCGGCGAGCGUCUUCGCCAAGGAGUCGGCCUGCCGUCGGGAGAGGGCGUGCCAGGCGCUUCGGCAAGCGCUGCAGCAGCAACAGCAGCGAUGGUCGCUGUCCACGGCGGCGGCCGCCACUGCGACCCUAGCUGCUGGUGCUGCUUUCUUGGAGAUGGCUUUGGCACCGCCGCAGCGUGCGGUGCCGCCGCCACCACCGAUGUCUGUGCAGCUAGACCUCUACGCUGUGCAACCGUGUGCUCUGCAACGUUCGAUUCAGGAGUGGCGACCACGGGCUGCGCAGACGACUGCCGCCGGUGCUACGAAGGCAGGUGGCACGUCACCGCCGGAGGAGGCAGCGUCUCUGCACUGCUCCCUGCAGCAGCUGCUGCACACCCUGGGAAGGCAAGGACCCCAGCUCCAGAGCAGCUACGAUGUGCUCCACGCGGCUGCAGGGCAGCGGCACCGCACAAACACCCGCUCGUGCACUGAUGAGCAGCGAGGGGUGCCGCCUCGCGAGGCGACCACCGGAGUCAUCAAGGCUGCCGAAGCGAGAGCAGUGGUGCACAAGACGCACGGCACGUCGGCGGCCGCGUCUGAUGCACCACAGGAGGUCGAGGUGCCGCCGCUGCCAUCUUCGUCGUCCCCACUAGCAGUUGCGCCUGACACGCUGCGCCGCACACCUUCCUCCUUGCCACGGCAGCACUCUUCCACUACCCCCAGCAGCAGUUCACAGGCUUUGCCAUCCUCCGACACGCUGCUGAGCUCGCCUGUGCAGCUGGCUGUAGACCACACGCGGCUGUGGGCGGACCCGCCGACGCCAUUGCAGCGGGCCGAUUUCUCGUGCGCUGCAGCCGCCGCGCCGACGAGCACCGAAAUAUCAGAGAGGGGUGCACGAAUCCCGGUACAUCAGGCGGGUCGGUCGGUGCUGGAGGACGCGAGCUCGCAUCGCACGAAGGGCAAGCCGGAGCUGGAGGCACACGUCGAGGUGGAGGUCAUUGGUGGGAACGCGGAUGGAAGCCAUGCUGCGGCCGGUGCAUCCUCAUCCAACUCGACACAGGUGACUAAUAUGCGGCGCACAUCCUUGUCUUCGUCGACGUUUUUCCAUUCCCCCGUCGCCGUAGAUGCGCGCGGCGGCGUCGUUGGUGCACUGCGAGAGGUAUAUGAGGCAUCGUGGCAACCAUGCUCGAACGCCAGGCCCUCCACGCGCCCCGAGGCAGCACACGCCGUGGCAGUGGCAGAGGAGAAGCUAGCGUCCCAGCAUCAGGAGGAGCGCCGAAGCCGAAGAUGUGAUCGAGGAGGCAGCGCCACCGCUGUCGAGCUCGAGGACUCUGUGCGGCGCCACCUCACGCGCUGGAUCUCUCAACAGCCGAAGCAUACGGCGUCUGACGCAGCAGCAUCGCUGUCAUCGCUAGCACUCAGCCCACAUGACCUCAGCGCUGCUGCUGGGUGGCUGCGCUCGACGAGUCCGCGUUUUGCCAUCAGCCAGACGGCCGCUGCUCCACCUCCGGCGGUGGUGCGGAUCCUGAAGCAUGCGUUCCCAGAUUUUGUGGCGCCUUCAUCCUGGAACACGCUGAGGGCGGCCACGACUGCCGCUGUGGUAGUUGAAGCGGACCAGCCGGACGGAGAUGAAGAGCCACGAGCACCACAGCAGCCGCAAGGGCACCCGCCUUCGUCGACCAUCACCUCUACCACGCCCUCCCAUCCUUACUCUGCGGAGACCUCAUCCGUGCCGGAGGCGGCAAAGCUUCCAAGGCGGUCACUUCCGCAAGCAGCCCUUGAUGGCCCCGCCGUUUCCCAUUCGCCGACGUCGUCGAUGCAGUCCUCUCAGACUCCUUCUGGGGGAAACCACACUGCGGCCGUUGCGCCUCCCGGCCGGCUGCUUCUCGCACCUGUAGCAGCUGCCAAUCCUCGCCCGGCACCGCUGAGCGCGCCGCCGCCACCGCCGCCGGCGUCAUUGCCCAAGGCCAAGCCGACGAAGGAUGGCGGCUCUGCGGGGGUGACGAAGCUGCCGCAGCGGCAGCGGCACCGUAGCUUCUUCAGUCGUCUCUUCAGGUGCGGCGGAUGA